CACUAAUUGUUGCAUUUAAUGAACUUCACGUGGUCUGUAGAAUAAACCAGUGACUCUUCAACUUCAAAUUUCACGUUGUUCGGAAAAUUUAAGUUCUUGGCGCAUGUUUUUUGAGUUAGUGUAUUCCUGAAUAUUAAACUGUGAUGGGCGAAAGUUCAGGUGAAACGAUGGAAGGUCUUUCCGACACAACAUUUAGCUCGUUAGAAGGCAAAGUUUCUGAGCGAACCCUGAAAGCUGUUGCUGAAAUGGGUUUCACGAAGAUGACAGACAUACAAGCUAAAGCUAUUCCUCCACUUCUAGAAACAAAGGAUGUUGUUGCUUGUGCCAAGACUGGAAGUGGUAAAACCUUAGCCUUUUUAAUACCUGCUGUUGAACUCAUUCACAAGGUUCAUUUUAGAGUUUAUCAAGGAACUGGUGUUAUAGUUUUGUCACCAACAAGAGAGUUAGCAACACAGACUUAUAAUGUAGUAAAAAAGUUGAUGAAAUAUCAUUCACAAACACAUACCCUAUUAGUUGGUGGUGGUAAUUAUGAAGAAGAAAAAGAAAAGUUACAAAAUGGAGCAAAUCUAGUUGUAGCAACACCUGGAAGGCUGUUACAUCAUCUUCAGAAAACAGAAUAUUUUGUGUACAAACAUGUUUCAUUUUUAAUCAUUGAUGAAGCUGAUAGAAUGCUAGAUUUUGGUUUUGAAGAAGAAAUGAAAGCUCUUUUGAAAAUUAUACGAAAAUUCAGAAUGACUGCUUUAUUCAGCGCUACUCUUCCACAGAAAGCUCAAGAAUUGGCGAAAUUGGCAGUGCGGACAAGUGCAAUUUAUAUUGGAUUAGAACCGAAAGAAUCGGCUACUGUUCGAGGCCUGGAACAAGGAUUUCUGGAGGUUCCAACUGAAAAGCGGUUCCUUACUCUCUAUACUUUCCUUAGAAGGAAUAGGCAUAAGCUGAAGAUGAUUGUAUUUUUUAGUUCUUGCAUGUCUGCCAAGUUUCAUAGUGAGCUUUUCAACUACAUAGGUUUACGUUGCUAUAGUAUUCAUGGCAAAUUGAAGCAGAAUAAAAGAAAUGUUGCAUAUCGCCAGUUUUGCAAGGCUGAAAAGGGUAUUUUGCUAUGUACAGACAUAACUGCCAGAGGAUUGGAUAUACCUCUUGUAGAUUGGGUAAUUCAGUAUGAUCCACCAGAUGAUCCCAAGGAAUAUAUCCAUCGUGUUGGUAGAACAGCUCGCGGAGAAAAUGGAAAAGGUAGGGCCAUGGUAUUUCUUCGACCUGAAGAAACAGGCUUCAUAAGAUAUUUGCAGUGUUCAAAAAUACCUUUAUGGAGUUACGAUUUCCCUUUCGAGAAGAUUCCAGAUGUUGAAGAAGAUUACUUUGAUCUGGUAAAUGGAAAUUACCACUUUAAACAUGCAGCAAAGGAAGCUUACAGAGCAUACAUUCGUGCUUACAAAUCUCAUAAACUAAAACACGUAUUUGAUGAAAGUAAACUAGAUCUUGAAGCUGUUGCCAGGACAUUUGGUUUUCGGAGACCACCAUAUGUUACUUUUUAAAUGUAAAUUGUUAUUAAAAGCAUUUUAAAUUUGUACAGUUUAGUAAUAAAAUGGAAAUAUUUUUAA